GUGAUAAAAACAUCACAUCACACGCGUCCAAUGCGGAAGUGUGUGCGCGUGAUGAUAAAACGCGGGUAAUAACCCACAACAAUGAUGUUAGCUGUCGUGUUCGCCAUCUUACUUGGCCUUUUAACGCCCGAAGCUCGAUACGCGGCAGACUGGGCGAGUUUAGAUGCCCGGCCGCUGCCUGCGUGGUACGACGAGGCGAAGGUGGGCAUCUUCAUCCACUGGGGGGUGUUCUCCGUGCCCGGCUUCGGCAGCGAGUGGUUCUGGUGGCACUGGCGGGGCCAGAACCCCCCAAACCCCCAAUGUGUGGACUUCAUGACCCGGAACUACCCGCCUGGCUUCACCUACCCCGAGUUUGCUAAUCAAUUUCACGGCCAGUUCUUCAACCCGGAGGAAUGGGCUGACAUAUUCAACGCUUCCGGAGCAAAGUACGUGGUUUUGACAGCCAAACACCAUGAAGGUUUUACCAACUGGGGCUCUCCAUACUCCUGGAACUGGAAUUCUGUUGACACCGGUCCUCACAGAGACCUGGUCGGAGACCUGGGGGAUGCAGUGCGCAAGCGGUCUUUGCACUUUGGACUGUAUAACUCCCUAUACGAGUGGUUCCACCCUCUCUACCUGGCUGACAAGCAGAAUGGAUUCAAAACACAGGACUUUGUGCUGCGUAAGCUUCUACCAGAGCUGUAUAACAUGGUUGUGAGGUACAGGCCUGAGGUGAUCUGGUCUGAUGGGGACUGGGAGGCACCGGACACGUACUGGAACUCCACGCAGUUCCUAGCCUGGCUCUAUAACGAUAGCCCCGUCAAAGACACAGUGGUGACCAAUGACAGAUGGGGAGCGGGCUGCUCGUGCAAACAUGGAGGUUACUACAACUGCGAGGACAAGUACACUCCAGGCCAGCUUCCCCAACACAAGUGGGAGAAAUGCACGUCCGUGGACAGGUUCUCUUGGGGCUAUCGCCGUAACAUGAAGCUGAGUGACCUGAUGGACCUGCACGCCAUCAUAGAGGAUCUGGUUCAGACCGUGGCCCUGGGAGGGAACUACCUCCUGAACGUGGGCCCCACUGCUGACGGAAUGAUCCCGGCGGUGUUUGAGGAGCGUCUGCGGGGACUGGGUGCUUGGCUGCAAGUCAACGGCGAGGCGAUCUACUCUUCUCAACCUUGGAGAGUCCAGAUGGAAAAUGCUUCCACGCCCGUAUGGUAUACGUCGAAAGGGGGCAGCGUUUAUGCCACCUUGACAAGUGAACCCCCCAAACCCACUCUGCAACUUUUGCAACCCAAAACAUCAGCAGCCACCAAGGUGAUGUUGUUGGGGAACCCUACGCCUCUAUCCUGGUCUCCGGUCCAGCCCAACGGCCUUAAUGUUGUCCUACCUGAGCUGCCUUACACAGCAGGACACGCCUGGACCCUCAGACUGGAUGGCGUGCACUGAUUGGUCAACACGGAAGGUACAAAAAGAGCGUUAAAAUAAAUCACCUCAUUUGAAUGUGCGCCAUAAAUGAAAGACUUCUAUUAUAUUUGCCCUGUUGCCGCGGUGACUAACGAUCUAACGGGUGUUCUUGAUUGGAUUUUUACGAAUGAAACUUGUUAACAAUGUAGAAAUAAAAGACAGAUUUUCAACAAAA